UGGGUAAACCAAAACUUUACUUUGAAUUGGACUUUAUAAACUUGACCCAACUACUCAGCUCUGGUACAGAAAUUAUUUUGCUGUGGAAAAUGCAUUUCUUUAACGCAUGGAGAGAAAUUGCAGCUUAUGGGAUACUGGACCAUGUCAGGUAGGGCACAUUGGAUUCAAGGAAGGAUGGAUGGGAUUUACACCUUUAGGUAUUGCAGAGGAAGGAGGAAAUGUAGUGAGCGAAGUGGACUGUAACAACAGGUUUGUAGGCCUGUGGUCACUGUGUAGUUGGGUUUUGCUCAGAAGCCAGUAAGUCCUUUUGAGUUUGGUCCAAGAUGCCCAAAAAUAGGUAAUCGUCCCUUCUCUCUCCAUUCAUCUCUUUCUAUUGUACCAGACUACCAAGGUACAAAGCCUUUUUUUUGGGAGGUCCAAAGAGCACGUGGCUGCAGUUUGUGAAUCUUUAUAUCAAAACUGGUAUUUUUACAUUCAUUUUCUCCCACCCAACCCAGUGUUGGCUGCUCAGAGCAGCAGGUGUUGCCUGUUUUGAGCUUGUGCUGUGCAAUUGCCUUUGCUACUUCCACUCCUUUCCCCAGCAGCACAGUAAACUACGUGUGAGAGGAAGCUAUGGCAUCAAAGGAGCCAGCCUCCUUCGUGGACAGAACCACCUGGGAUUUCCUCAACCUAUUGGACAUGCUGGGGAGCCGGAAUGGACGAGUGGGUGUGAUGGAGGUGGACCAUGCUGAGUCAAGAGCUCCAUCAUUGCUGGUGGAUUUCACCCGGGACCUGUGUGGCACAGGGGACAUCAAGCACAGACCACAGCAGGCAGAUGAUGAGGGAAAGGAAGAGGAGGACCUAGUUCCCCCACAUCUGAUUUUCAUGCUGUGGCAAGCCAGUGUGUUGAAAAGGCUCAUGCAGUGGGAUCACCUGGAGGAGGCUGUCCGGGACGUGAGGAACCUCCUCCCCUGCCUGCCAGACGUGCUGGUGCUUGUGAUGAUCCGUCCUGACUCCCAGGAGCAGCUGGACCAGGCAGUGAGCGCGCUGAGGAGAAUGCAGUGUGUGCUGGAUGGGGCCCUGCAAGUGACUGUGGAGACUGCAAUUUACAGCCCAGGCCAGCCUGGAGGUAUCCUGGAGGCAAAGAGAGCUGCCUGUAGGGCACUGAGAGAAGCUUUGAACUGCCACGAAGAAGUCGACUCCCAGGAGCCGUUUGUUAUUUCGCUCCCGGAGCUCAGAUACUGCCGAGUUCUGCCUGAAUGUAGGCAAGAGAAGGUAUCAAAGACAGAUGGAGAAUGAAUUCCCUUGGGAAGCAGAAUGUGUCAGGUUGGUUGUAGCACUGUCCUGCCCCUUUACAGAACACUUCCUGGUGACUUGCUUGUCUGCCCAGGCCUUUUGCAUGAAUGAGAUUCAGCGUGUGGCUGCUGCCAGAAGGGGACGCUGCUCCCUCAGCAUGGGCACCACAUGUCCUUGUCACAAAGCUCAGAGUUCUUUGCUACAUUGGCUGAAAAAUCUGACCUGGGAAACUUUUAUCAAAAAUCACCACGUUUCUCCUUUGCAUUAAAUGCCUUAAUUGAUUAUCAAAAUGUCCCUAAGAAACGUGUCCCUAAGGAAACUGUCAGCAGAGAGGGAAUCAGAGCAGGCCAGAAGCCUCUAGGUUUAAAACUAUCCCAAAACUGAAACAGUGAGAGAAACUCAAGACUGAGGCCUCAGACCAUGUUUUCCCAGGAGAACCUGGAUGCAGGUGUCUUUGAUUCAUGGCUCUCAUCAGGAACAAGCUCCUUAAACUCCUCAGGGUUCUUUGUAGCAGGUAGUUGACUUAGAUACAAGUGGGUACACAUCCAGCAGAUUGAGUUUCUGUGAUGGGUUAUUUUGGUUUGGAGAAACUGUGGGAGAAGUAGAAUAAUUUUAAAUCCAGUUACCAACAUAAUAGCUGAAAUAGUUUCCCAUCCUCUGUGGGCAUGGCAAAGCACUAUAGCUAGCUGCAUUUUUUUUUGCAUUGGGAGUUUAUAUGUAUUUUUUCUCUGGUGUUUUUUAUAGAUCUUUUGUCAUCCUAAGAUCUUCAUUAUCAUCAAAGGAAGGAUUAAAGACCUGAUUUCUCUCAUUUAUCUGUGUCUGUGUGUAUCUAUAAGCUUCAAAGCUUAUAUCUAAGACUGUAAAACUUGCUGAAGCUGCAGAUUUAUGCAGUAUGGUACAGAAAUGUGGGAUUUGAGGGCGGUACAGAUCCUGUAAACCAAUAUUUGUCAAAGAUAGGAUUCUCCAGGUUAUUUUUCGAAUAUGGAUUCUUUCCAGAUCCUUAAGGAUGUGGCUUUAUGAAGCAAAACAACCUUGCUGUAAGUGUUUGGGUGGUGCUGGUGCUUGGCAGACUUUUGGAUGAGGUGACCCAAUUGCUGUGUUGUGGAAGAGACUUUCCAUGAGCAUUUCCACGGGAUGAAUUCUGCCUUUCAUUACUGAGGACACUGGUUUUUGGUUUUUGGUCAAGCUAAUGUAGAAAUAGUUCCUUUGAGUCAAAGCAAGACAUGUACAUGCUCAGGCUGUUUGUGAGUGAAGAAACUUUGGCUUCAAAAGAUCAGCAUAUUAGGACAUCCUUAAAGCAAAAAGUCACAAUGAAGGCCUGUGUCUCUAUUGUUUCCUGUAGCAUCUGAAACACACAGAUAACCACCCAAAUCCAGGCAUAG